AUGUCUUCCUAUGUGAUCACCGGUGCUAGUCGCGGACUUGGGUUCGAGUUUGUCCGACAGCUUGCUCAAAACCCAAACAACACUGUCAUCGCACUUGUUCGCAACAAAUCCGCUGUCCACGAAAAGGUUGUGACCGAAGGAUUCUCCAAUGUCCAUAUCGUCGAGGCCCAGUACACCGAUUUCCCUUCGCUCAAGCGGGCUGCUGAGGCCGUAAAGGAAAUCACCGGAGGCGGUCUCGACCAUCUCAUCAACAACGCAGCUGUUGUAUCUGACAAGAGCGAGUUCAAAAGCUUCGAUAACUUCCAAGAUGACUUUGAGACCAUGGAGAAGGACAUCCUAGAAUCCUUGGAGAUCAAUCUUUUGGGUGUGAUCAAGACCGUGCAGGCAUUCAUCCCACUGCUCCGCCAAGGAAAUGCCAAAAAGGUCCUUUCCAUCUCCACCGGAAUGGCUGAUCUAGAGUUGAUCAACUCGACCGAAAUCGAAUUCGCGGCACCGUACGCCAUCAGCAAGGGCGCGUUGAAUGUAGCGAUCGCAAAAUACAACGCACUGUACAAGAAGGAAGGGAUUCUGUUCCUCGCUGUCAGUCCUGGAUACGUGGCCACUGAGAGGAACCAAGUUGAACCGGCUAAGGAGGAUGCCGAAAAAGUGGCUGUUCUUGUCAAGAAAUUUGUCGAGUAUGCACCACACUUCCAGCGCCCUUUGACCCCGGAAGAAUCAGUUUCGGCGGUUCUUUCAGUGUUGGAGAAAUCCUCUCUUGCGAAUGGAGAUGGCGGCGCUUUUAUCUCACAUUUGGGAACCAAACAAUGGCUCUAA